CCCCAUUGACAGAAGUGAGAUUGUGUACUCCUUGCUGUAUUGGAUCUGGAGGCCCAGGUUGUUAGUGAUGUCUCAACACUGGUUAUAUGAGUUCCAUCACAUAGUUAAAGAGGUGUCAUACUGUUUUCUCUUUGUAGUUAAUAAGUAAUUGAUGGAACAAUACAUUGAGAUUAUGUACACAUUCCAUUCCUCAUCCACUUUCACUCACUAGUUUUUGUAUCCACUUAUAUUUUAUAACUUCAGUAAUUCCUCCAGUGUUUAUUAGUUUGUCUCCUAAGUUUUAGAGUUAAACAGCUGAAUAGGAAAUAGUAUCAUUUACUAAGGUGAUACCUGAGCGAGGAGUAGGCUUUGAGCAGAAUGGGAGUAAAAAGAAUAUAUAGAACGUAAUGCUAGAGAUUCCCAUGAGUGAGUUAAAACCCAAAAUGAGAAAUGAGCUGUAAUGCUUCUUUUUGUUAAUGUUAAGCUUGUGUUUAGAGGUGAUAGUUUGCAGCUCCUCGAGGAUGGGAACUGCCAACUAGUUGAGAGUUGAUUUCUGAAUUUGUAUUUACACCUAGUACUGUGCUUGUUCUAGUGAAAGGACGAGCUGUAAGAGCCAAAGCGGUGUGUCUACCAGUACAGUUGAUAUUGAUUUGAUUACAGUCCAUAUCUUCACUGCAGGGAUGGCUGUUUCUGCCUGGUUUCCUUACUUGAGUUGUUCACAUCCACAAUCGCUAUGAUCCCCUGUGCACCGUCUUUCCUCCUUCCAUCUGCUGCACGUGUACUGACAAAGUUAAACUAUAAUCCUCCAAAAGAUGAUGGAUCCACUUAUAAGAUUGAACUUGAAGGGAUAUCGGUAAUGGUUAUGAGAGAGAUCCUGGAUUACAUCUUCAGUGGGCAGAUCAGGCUAAGUGAAGAUACAAUCCAGGAUGUUGUGCAGGCAGCAGACCUGCUGCUGCUGACGGACCUUAAGACGCUGUGCUGCGAGUUCUUAGAGGGCUGCAUUGCAGCCGAGAACUGCAUCGGCAUCCGUGACUUCGCCCUGCACUACUGCCUGCACCACGUCCACUACCUCGCCACCGAGUACCUGGAGACUCACUUCCGAGAUGUCAGCAGCACAGAAGAGUUCCUCGAACUGAGUCCUCAGAAGCUCAAAGAAGUGAUUUCUCUUGAGAAGUUGAACGUUGGCAACGAAAGAUAUGUGUUUGAAGCAGUGAUUCGAUGGAUAGCGCACGAUACAGAAAUAAGAAAGGUCCACAUGAAGGAUGUCAUGUCAGCACUGUGGGUUUCAGGGUUGGACUCCAGUUAUUUACGGGAACAGAUGCUGAAUGAACCAUUAGUGCGAGAAAUCGUCAAAGAGUGCAGCAACAUACCGCUCAGCCAGCCGCAGCAGGGAGAGGCCAUGCUGGCCAGCUUCAAGCCUCGGGGCUACUCAGAGUGCAUCGUGACUGUCGGCGGCGAGGAAAGAGUUUCACGGAAACCCACGGCAGCUAUGCGCUGCAUGUGCCCGCUGUACGACCCUAACCGGCAGCUUUGGAUCGAGCUGGCCCCUCUGAGCAUGCCCAGAAUUAACCAUGGCGUCCUCUCAGCAGAAGGAUUUUUGUUUGUAUUCGGGGGCCAAGAUGAAAAUAAGCAGACACUGAGCUCUGGAGAAAAGUAUGAUCCUGAUGCAAACACAUGGACUGCAUUGCCACCCAUGAAUGAGGCAAGACACAACUUUGGGAUUGUGGAAAUUGAUGGGAUGCUGUACAUUCUGGGCGGGGAGGACGGCAGUAAGGAGCUCACCUCCAUGGAGCGCUACGACAUUUACUCCAAGACCUGGACAAAGCAGCCUGACCUGACCAUGGUUAGAAAGAUUGGCUGCUAUGCAGCUAUGAAAAAGAAAAUCUAUGCCAUGGGGGGAGGAUCAUAUGGAAAACUGUUUGAGUCUGUGGAGUGUUACGACCCGAGGACCCAGCAAUGGACCGCUAUCUGUCCACUGAAAGAGAGAAGAUUUGGAGCGGUGGCCUGUGGAGUUGCCAUGGAACUGUAUGUAUUUGGGGGAGUCAGAAGUCGUGAGGAUAUCCAGGUUAAUGAGAUGGUCACCUGUAAGUCUGAAUUCUACCAUGACGAGUUUAAAAGGUGGAUCUAUCUUAACGACCAGAAUCUAUGCAUCCCUGCCAGUUCCUCUUUUGUGUAUGGAGCUGUGCCCAUAGGAGCCAGUAUUUAUGUUAUUGGAGACCUCGAUACAGGUACCAACUACGACUACGUGCGAGAGUUUAAAAGAAGCACGGGCACCUGGCAUCACACAAAGCCACUCCUUCCAUCUGACCUUCGCCGCACAGGGUGCGCAGCCUUACGCAUUGCUAAUUGCAAGCUCUUCCGCCUGCAGCUUCAGCAAGGCUUAUUCCGUAUCCGUGUUCAUUCCCCGUGACGAGGGAGCAGAGCAGGCAGCGAGGUCCUGCCCCGGUAUGCAUUGCAUUGCCGAUGGAGGGAGAGCGGAGUGUGUGCUGGCUUUGGUAUGGUAACCCUUCAGUGGUUUGUAACGCUGAGAAGCUUGGGCUUCUGCGCUUGUUUGGAGACCAUGUACCUGCUGAAAAACCACCUGGGAGGAAUCCUUUCCUCCAGCUCCAUGUGCCGCUGACCGUGGAGGGUAGUACAUAUCAAAAGGAAGGGGGAGUGGGAACUGGUGUAAUGUAAAAUAUCAAAGUUAAGAUUCUACGGUGCGUUUUCCCUAAAGGAAACCCGCACCUGACUGGCGGCUGUGUUCCAAGUAUGUGGCUUUGGUAAGCUGGAGAAGCCAGCUAUGCAAAUCAGCUUAUCCAAACGUACCGAGAUCCGGUAGAUUCUGCCUAGCCCCACCCAGUGCCCGACGUGUUAGACUGGACUCCAUGCCACAGUCUCCACACACUGCUAGUGCUCUGUCCUAAGAAUCUUUUUAAACUAUGUUAUGAUGAAUUGAAACCAAGAUAGAAUUUCUCCUUCAUAACGUUCUGUCAGUAGUGUAAAGACUUGGUUAAAUGAUGGGUCAGGUUGCAGCCCUCAUGUGAACUUAAAAGAAGUUGCUAAUGUUAGGAUGUGUCAUGCCAUAACUACUGAGAUAGUAGUUUCAGACUUGUGAAGGGUCUCAUGCAGUGCCAUUCUUCCUUUCCAGUUGGUCAAAAUCAUUUUAUAAGUAUGAGGAUAAUAGUAGGAAGGAGAUUUUGUAGAAACAGACCUGAAUCAGACAAAUAAUAGUCUGCUAUGACUUAAAAAAAAAAAAAGACUGUC